UCUAAUAAAUAUUUUUUCCUCAAAAAAACUUUCUAUUAAGGCUCUAUUUUACUAUUUUUCUAUUAGCUAUGGAAGGACAUUCUGAUGAAAAAAUAAAAGUAAAUGAAUCUAUUAUAGAAGAAACAAAGAAAGAAGCAGAAAAAGAAGAGAUAAAUGAAGAAAAACCAUUGUACUUUGAGAGGUUGAUUGCGGAUUUAGAAGAUUUUCCAGAGGAAGAAUUGAAAGAGGGUUUGGGCAAUGAAUCAGAUGAUUUAUUUGGAGAUGAUACCAGUGAAAGUGAAAAAGAGGCAAAAGAAGGGUUUGAAGGUAAAAUAAAAAAGAUAGAGGAAACUCAAGAAAAAUUGGAAGAUUUUGAAUAUCAAGAAGCAAGACGUGUUUUAGAAAGUACUCUUUCAAAUUAUGCAGCGCCAGAAUCUACAGAUGGAGAGCUAUAUUAUAUUAAAAUGCCGAAUUUUUUAACGGUAGUUGAAAAACCGUUUGAUUCAAAUUCAUAUUUAGAAGAAGCAUGUUCAGAAUAUGAAGAAACUACGGUUAAUUCGUAUGAUAAUUAUCAAAGAAUUAGAUUAAGGAUUGAGAAUACAAUUCGGUGGAGAUAUGUUAAAAAUAGUGAUGGAACUUAUUCUAAAGAAUCUAACGCGCGUUUUUUAAAAUGGUCAGAUGGAUCAUUAUCAUUACUUUUGGGAUCAGAAUUAUUUUCUGUAGUAAUAAAAAACAGUAUUUCGGAUUAUAUGUAUUUGAGUAUUUCUCAUGAAACUCAAAGUCUUCUUAUGUCUAGAAAACGAUUUACAAAAAACAUGACAUUUUUACCAAUUGAUACACGAAGUUCAACACAUAAAAGGUUAACAGAAGCCAUUCUUCGAGGAAAUAUGAAAAAAUCUAGUAUUAUUGAAUUUAUUAAUAUAGAAGAUCCAGAAAAAGUUAAGCGAGAAGCAGAAAGAAUUGAAGAGGAAAAAAUUAGAUUUCGUCGCCGUUUGGAAUCAAAACGUCGUGCUAGAAAUGCUAGAUAUAACGAAAGUCCUAUUUUAACAAUUGAAGGUUUAGAAGCAGAAGAAACAAAUGAUCGAUUUUCUGGCAUAUAUACUAAAGAUGAUAACUAUGAUGAUGACGAUGAUGGAUUUAUUGUAGAUGAUGAAAGCGACGAAGCAGAGCGAGCAGAAAGAUUACGUAGAGUUAAAGAAGAAGGCAUAAAGAUGUAUAAAAGACAACAAACGUCUUUGACUAACGAGAAUGAUCAAAAUGAGAAAAAAGAUACGAACGUUCAUUGGCUACUAAAUGAACAAGAUAGGAAUCUAGACGAUACUGAUUACAUGAAAGAAAUUGAUCUAGAUGAUAAUAUUAUAGGAAAAGCCGGCAAACGACGGAGAAUUGUAGACGAACUUAGUGGAGACGAACUAACACCUGUUGCAAAAGAGAUAAAAAAUGGCGAAUAAGUAUAAU